AUGUCACGGUGAGGCUGGAGCUUCAGGUUCUUUGCCCCGGCCUGUCCCGGCCGGUUGGAACCGGACCCCUACGCAGCACCGACUCAGGCUUUCGCCCGAGCUGCUACGGGUCCAGACUCGGUUGCCUAGGCGGCGGACCGUGGAGGCGGAGCCGCCGCGGGCGGGGGCGGAGCUCGGCGGGGCGAGCCGCCCAUUGGCCGCUGGGCUUCCGGGUGCGAGCCGCGGGCCGCCCCGCUGGUCCCCCGUUCCCCGAGCGCCUUUUCCCACCCAGGGAGGCGUUAACCUAGCCGGGGCGAGCCGCUGUGUCUAGAAGUUUUGGAUAGACGAUUAUACUCCGUCAUUCGGUACCCGUAGCUUUAUUUUCCAUGACAGAUCUUGACGACAGUACAUGCAAAAGAUAUAUAAAGAUGAUUACUAAUAUCGUAAUAUUGAGCCUGAUCAUUUGCAUUUCCCUAGCAUUCUGGAUUAUGUCAAUGACCGCUAGCACCUAUUAUGGUAACUUGCGCCCUGUUUCCCCUUGGCGUUGGCUGUUCUCCGUUGUUGUUCCCGUUAUGAUUGCCUGUAAUGGCUUUAAAAAGAAAAGUCUAGAUCACAGUGGAGCUUUAGGAGGGCUAGUGGUUGGAUUUAUCUUAACCAUUGCAAAUUUCAGCUUCUUCACGUCUUUGCUGAUGUUUUUCCUGUCAUCUUCAAAGCUCACUAAGUGGAAAGGAGAAGUGAAGAAGCGUCUAGAUUCAGAGUAUAGGGAAGGAGGCCAGAGGAACUGGAUUCAGGUAUUCUGUAAUGGAGCCGUGCCCACGGAGCUGGCCCUGCUAUACAUGAUAGAAAAUGGCCCCGGGGAAAUACCCAUAGAUUUUGCCAAGCAGCCUACUGCUUCCUGGAUGUGUUUGUCUCUCCUGGCUGCACUGGCCUGCUCCGCUGGAGACACCUGGGCUUCUGAGGUUGGUCCCGUUCUGAGCAAAAGCUCACCUCGGCUGAUCACAACCUGGGAGAAAGUUCCAGUUGGAACCAACGGAGGAGUCACAGUGGUGGGACUCGCCUCCAGUCUCCUCGGUGGGACCUUCGUGGGCCUGGCGUACUUCCUCACGCAGUUGCUGUUUGUCAAUGAUCUAGACAUCUCUGCUCCCCAGUGGCCCAUUAUUGUAUUUGGAGCUCUGGCUGGGUUACUAGGAUCAAUUGUGGACUCAUACUUAGGGGCAACAAUGCAGUUUUCUGGUCUGGAUGAAAGCACUGGCCUGGUGGUCAGCAGCCCAGCCCAGGAGACCAAGCACAUAGCAGGGAAGCCCAUCCUAGAUAACAAUGCCGUGAACCUGUUCUCCUCGGUUUUGGUGGCGCUCUUGCUCCCUACAGCCGCUUCAGGGUUUUGGCCCAGAGAGUGAACUUUCUUUUCCUCCCAGCUGGUUGAUACUGGUGAGUCCAGCAAAGUCGCAAUGUGAAGGUUUUUUUUUUUUCUAGUUAAUAAUAAUUUUGCCGACCUUGGGAACAUCGUCUCCUCCCGUGUUCUGCUGUGGUGGGAUUCCACAUCGUCCUCUCAGCUCCGUCACAGCUGACGCCAGUUCCGUCACAGCUGACGCCUUCGCAGUGAAAGGCUAAAGUUAUAUGCAUUCUUCUACCACAUGAAGCUUCUUGAACGAUGGAGCUCUUACUGCCCUCUGUGGUUGUCUGUUGAACCGCAAGUCCUUGGUCUUGUUAUUUUGUUCAGUUUCUAAAGACCAAGGGUGUUGAUAAUUUAAAAUGGUUCCCACUUGGAUAGAGACAUAGCACUUUGGCGAUUGCCCAGAGUUACAUUGGCUUUAAUGACUUAACCCAAUACACAUGGAAGCCCAAAUAAGUAUCCUAACUUGUGGCUCUCCAGUCCCAGCUGUGAAAAAUGCAAGUGCUGGUACUCCACAUUUGCCUUUCUUUCUCCCAGCUAAUAAUGUAACUGUUUGGGCAAAUUUCUUUUUCAUCACAUUAGAAAAUGUGAAGAAAAUUAAUUUUUACAAAAAGAAAUCAUUUAAAUUUGAACUUUUCGGAUGAAGGUGUAGCUUGGUGGUAGGGUUUGCCUCUGCACACAGAACCCUGGUUUAGAUGCCCAGCGCAGAAAGAAAGUUAUACCUUACACAUUCAGGUCUUUGAAAUACACAUAAGAAUCUGGAUUCCAUACCACCAUGUGGAACAGUUAAUGAGUCACUGGAAAAAUAAUGUAAUUAUUUUUUUUUAAUUUCCUUUCAUUUGAACUCUGAGGUUCAUGUUGAUAGUCCCUGGAAAUGCCGUGAUUUCCCACCAUGAACCUUCUCAGUCCUGCAUCCCUGUUCUUUGUGACUGUGUUCCUCACUGUGUCUUCCCUUGUACAAAAGAGGGUUCGAAGGAGCAGUUCAUUUUAUUAAAUAUGUCCUGAAAUGUU